AUGAAUCAUGCUACGGCCUUUUUGGAACGAAUGGAUGACCUUUCUAGAAAGAAUUACCUAGAAAAAAAUGGUAAGGGGAAAUUGUUUAAUUUACUUAGAAAAACUGCAACACAAAUUUCUUUAAAAAAUCAAUUACUAUACACAGACCAUAAAACAGGAAGAACUUUGACUUUUUUUGAAGAGCUUAAUAGAAGUUUCCCCAUCAUAUGUUUGGUAUUAUUUGAAAGAAGAGUAAGGUCAAAAUCAGACGGAAUCGUAAUUAGAUAUAAAGAAUUUAGAAGAUGUAGAGACCAUUGUCCUGAAAUUUUUAAACAAUUCUUGACUCCAUCUAUGUAUGCAAAGAUGUUCAAAGAUUGUUACGGGUUUAUUUCUCCAACAAAGUUCAUUAAUACAUGCUUAAAAAUACUUUAUGUUUUCCAAAUCAGAUCAGAAUUGGGUUAUAUUAAUCCUAUGGAAGAAGUUAUCACAUACUAUGAUUUUUUCUAUUGGAUAAAAAAUUCCAUUAGAGAUAAUUCUGAAACAAAACUAGGACUUGUUGGGCAACUUUCUAUGAAUCAUCCCAAUUUUGAAAAUUUCUAUGCCAAUUAUGUAAUAGAGAGAAUACUCUUUUUUUCCGGAUCAAAAAACAGCAUAAUUAAAAUUCAAGAUCUUAUUUCUUCUGAUCAAUUUGCAAAGUUCCUAGAAUUGCGUCUAUCCGAUACCUCAGAAUCAGAAAAUCCUUUUAAUCCUCAAUUUAUUUUUCAAAUAUUUGAGUGGUUUGAGUACAGAACCCAAUCUAUUUCUACAGAACAAAAUUUUCAGUUAUCUAUUAAGGAUGAUGAAAGCCAAAAUCUAAAUGUUGGGAAUAUUGAAAAUAAGUUGUUUUUGCCUGAAAUGCUCCAACAAUUACUAAUGGAUUUUGAAUAUAUUAUUCCAACUUUUGUAAUUUCUAGAAUUUUUGAGGUCCAUUCGGAAGAUUGUAAAUUUGUAACUGAUUCAAAUGGACAAACAAGAACUGCUAUAGGAAUUAAGACGGUUUUCAAAGUUUUAUUUUCUUUAGAAUUCAGAGAAUCUCCACAAUCAAUAAAUUGGUUUUGGCAUAUUCUAGAUCUAAAUGAGAUGGGAUACAUUGAUCAGUCGGUAAUUAGUUGUUUUUGGAAAAAUAUGGUUACAUGUAUUGAACAAACCUAUUCAAUUGAAGCUCUACCUCUUUUUGAACAUAUAAGUGAUGAGAUUUUUGAUAUGAUUUGUCCCGGAGAAUUCAAAGGUAAAAUUUACAAAAAUGCUUUUACAGAUUCUCCCAUGGCUCCAACAGUUAUUUCUUAUCUUUGUGAUCCAAAAGCUUUUAUCACGAUCGAAAUGAGAGAGGAGAUCAUUGCUCAGAAUGCUUCAAGAACUCUAGAUAACAAUCAAUCUAGCUUGGAUCUCGAAAAAUGUGCGUCUAUCAAUUAUGAAUCAAAGUCAGAUACUACAGAUUGCUCAGAAGAGUCCGAGUCUAAUAGUUCUUAG